CAAUGAUUAUAGAUUCUGUUAGUGAAGGUGAAGUGGUCUUAGGUGAAGUAACCUCAGGUGAAGUAGUUUCAGGUGAAGUAGUUUCAGAUGAAAAUACUAAAGUAGUCUCUGAACAUAAUACUGCUAUAGAUGAAAACAAAGCAUUUGAAUGA